AUGUCAAUCUGGAGCAACUUAGAGCCCCAAUUUCAGGCCAGUGACUUGCCAAAUGAAGACAGGAAGCAAUUCACUCAAAGCAGAGGGGAUGCUGACACCCAGUUUAAACUUCAUUGGAAUGGCAAGCACAAGCCUCAAGGAGGAAUGCUUAACAAUGGAACUCAAUUACGGGGCAAAUUCAGUCCACUUCAUUCAAACAAUCCCACACGCGACUUAGUGGUGGGUCGGAGGGAAGAGAUCAAAACGAGGACAAAAUUCUCAAGGCCCCUCAAGCCAACUGCAAUACGGCGCAUGCGGAGCGACUUGCUAAAUCUUACACCGAACAAGACAACAACGAAGAGGAAUGUUAGGUUCCAGAAGAGCGUCUAUGACAUGCUCCUGAUAGAUGAGGUCGGAGAAGAUGAUUAUGAAACACAAAAGGAGCGCGAGCUGAAAAGGCUAGAGGAGAUUCAGGAGCAAAGGCGAAUAAGAAUGAAGCACGACAGUGAGAAAUAUGGCACGCAUCGCGUAGGCGAAUACUCAUACUUGUUGCCCAUUGAGUGGAUGCUGGAUAGAGGAGGUGUUCCCUAUCCACUGGGAUAUUAUCCCAUCAAUCUGUACGAUUUAAUCACUGACAACCACCCAUCGUUGAACCUCUCCCUUCUACCUCAACGUGAUGGCCUACCUCGGAGAAAGGAUCAGGUUCAACUGCGAUAUUUGCCGGCCAACCUACGCGCUGCACUGAUUCCUCUGGCCUUUACGUCAAUGGAUGUUUUGGGUCUCAUACUUCUGAUGGUUGGUUGGUUUCUCCUCCUCCUUUGUACAGCAGCCCUAAUCGGCUAUCAAGUUGAGGCGAAUGCAGCUACAAAGUGCUUCUUUCGCAUCAGUAAAAAUUUAAUUUACCAGUGGGAGGCAAGAAGGGAUCCUGGUCUCCCUGAUCGGCUAAAGAAGCAGGCAGAAGACGCCGGUAUUACACAAGUAGUCUUGGCUGACUGUGAAUUCCUAAGCAUAAUUAAGGAAGGCGGAAGGCCGAGUCCUUCAUGCAUGCAUUUGAAUUUGGUCUACUUGUUGCAGCCAAACACUUGGCCCUACCUUGUCCUCUGCAAAAAGGAUAUUGGAGAUGAUAGGUUCAAUCGAAUUGCCCUCUGUAUCCAACAUUACUACAGCUUCAGUGACCUGAUUAAGCGAUGGGAGGCCCUAAAGAACUCCAAAAACAUGGAAAUUGUCAACGCUGCUAUAGCCUUGAUGGAUGCCUUUCUUGAUGGGGAAUACAACUAUACAUGUGCGUGCCUCUAG